UUGUAUAAUUUUACGGAGAAGUUCGUGUAUUAACCUUUUUAAGAUUUAUUGGUAAGAAUAUACUACAAAACAAUUCUUGUCAAUCAACGUCUAAAAUCACUUUACACGUAGAGCGACAGCGCUACGCCGCGCGUAGCGCAAAAAGAUAGAUAUCUUAUGGUAUUGUUAACAGAGUCCAAGUAGCCCAAGUAAAUAUCUAGUUAAUACGUGUUUUUGUAUUAUAAUGCUGUAAGUACAAGGAGUAACUAUGAGCAGUGGUAACUUAGUAAGUAAGGUGACACCUUUACGAUACUGGAUCAUAAACACUACUCCUGAUACGAUACUUAUAACGUUACACUGGUCGCUUUACGGCUAGUAGUUACUUGUUGAUUACAUACAACAGAAUGGAUACCUCUGUCUUAUAGCAGUAGUGAGGCAAAUGAUGACGUCACAUUUAUGAUUGUUGUCCUAUCACUGGCCACUCGAUGCGGUGUCCGUUGAUAAGAGCGCACACGCUGCUUAUUGCUAUACGCAGAGCGCAGGAUCGUGUGGCGCGAGUGUGUGAGCGAGUAAUGGAACGCUCGGAGCGUGCUGGAGGAGACAGGCGUGGGUGUCGCGCAACACGCAUGCGCGAGACUGCCGCGGGCCGGGAGCCUCGCGAGAUGCCUCAGUGGCGCGGCGGGACGCCCGGUCGAUUCCAGGGCGCGCGCAAACACUCAUGUUUGAACACGGUAUCAUCCGUAAAUUUCACUGAAAAUAUACAUCGCAAUCUGUCGAAAAUCUUAAUCCGUCUUUAGUGAUUUUUUUCUUGAAUUGAUAUUGUUUUAAUUCUAUUGUUUAAGUAGGUUAGAUAAUACAACAUUUGGUCAUUUUUCCGGCAUCUUAUAAAAAAGUCAUGGAACAUAUCUGGACAUCUGCUUUCAUGUGAUUAAUAAGUACUCCGACGGAAUGUGUAAUUGAUGUGUAGCUCCAUGGCAAAUGUUUCUUGUGACAACUUCUAAUUCAUAAAUAUUGAAACUGAAGUGUUAAAUACUGUUGUGUUGUUAUAGUUAUGAACAUAAUUAUUAUAGAUUUAUUAUGUAAAUAGUGAAUUUCUGUACAAACCUGUGCUAUGUUCUAAUAUCGAAGGAAAAAGCAAUAAUGGUCGCCGGUACAAUAUCUUCGAUACUUCUUUCUGCGCACUUGCAGUUGGCCAGGUGAAAGAUGCAGGUGCGGUGGGCGGCGUGGGCGCUGGCGUGGUGCGCGUGCGCAGCGGCCGCGCCGGCCGAGCAGCGCACGCCGCUCCCCACCGCCAGCGCCGCCGCCGCCGCCCCGCAGUCGCCAGCCUCCGGACCCGCCGCCUCCGUCUGCGAACCCCUUGUCUUAAAGAAUACGCCGCCUAUGCCAUCAAACGCACGUGAGCAUGAGGCCGCCGCGAUGCACACAGCGCGUGCGCUGGUGGAGUUGGUGCAGCAAGGCGUAGCCGACGAGGAACGCGCUGCAGCACUAGCCCGCGCAGCCACCCGCGCGCCCCUCGCCCCGCCACCCGCCGCCGUCGCGCUUGGAGCCCCACAGUUACAUCUCGGCGUCCUCUACAUAGCUGAACCACCUAAGCUCGUUGUCUUCCAACAAAACAAUUCAAUAACUUUACGUCAGUUUUGGAGAACAUUGGCAUCAGCAUGGAAUGCGACUACAGCAGUGUGGUCAAAUGCGUGGUUCUCUUGUGAUAAGGAUGGCGAGGGUUGGUGGGGAGGUGUAGCAGCAGCUCGUGGCUCGGGACCUGCAAGAUCUGCUGCAGCUCUCUUCCGACGUUGGCCUGCUCUGCCUUGUGAAGAGGCUAUGAACGACUGGCUAGGCGGAGCUCCUUUAUGCGAUCCGGCCACAACAGAUUGUGAAGCUACUCCAUCAUUUGGUUCUGGAGACCGCAGGAUAGAGUAUCGAUGCAAAUGUCAGGCAGAGCACUGGAACUCUGGCGGCAGUGGGUGGCUGACUGGUGCUACAUUGAUAGCAGACGACUCUGGUCCUUUGACUUGCACACCUUGCGGCAUGGGUAGUGACUCCACUGCCUGCUUGACUGAUGCCCACCGCGUGGCUGUGCUGGCUGGCAACGUGGGUGGCAUGCUACUCUGUCUUGUCACAGGAGUAAUUAUAUUCCACAAGAGAAAAUGUAAAGCCGUGGCGGUGGGAAUGUGGACAGUGUUAGAAGUUGUUCUUCUUGGUGCAUUUUUAAUGUACGCUUCUGCGGCAUCCCAGUUCAUAUCGGUCGCAAAAUGGCGGUGUAUAGCGGGCGCGUGGUUGCGAGAACUUGGCUUCGUCGCGUGCUAUGGCUCCGUGGUGCUGCGACUCUGGGUGUUGCUCGCUGAGUUCCGCACUAGGAAAGCCCAUCGGUGGACGCCGAGGGAUUCAGAAGUUUUGCGAGUAGUUGGAGCGAUGGUACUGGGCGCAGCGUGCUACUUGGCAGCGUUCACCGCCACUGCAGCCUGUGAAGAGGAUGCGAGUGCGGGCUGCGCACGCGCCGCUUGGCAUCAUGUCACUGCCGGGGCAGAGUUGCUGCUACUAGCAGCGGGACUGCGCAUAGCGUACGCGGCCAGGAACGCAAAUGUGCCAUUCCAGGAGCGCGGAUGGCUCGCAGCAGCGCUAUGCUGCGAGGGCCUGUGCGGCGUGUGGUGGCGCGGCGUGGCGUGGGGCGAGCCGGGCGCGGCGCCGGAGCGCUGGCCGCUGUCGGCGGCGCGCGCGCAGCUGUCGGCGGGCGCGGCGCUGGCCUGCGUGCUGGCGCCCCGCCUGUGGCACGGCUACCGCGCGCGCUCGCUUGCACAAGAGGUAUCUCGUCGUGGCCCUGCGGAGGGUUUCGGCGCGGAAGGUGAGGAGGAACCCACCUCCGAGGAAGUUCGCGCCGAACUGAAGAGGUUGUACGUGCAGCUGGAGAUCUUACGGAACAAAACCCUGCGCAGGGACAACCCACACAUCAGUAAGCGACGCGGCGGCAGGAAACCGCCGCAUCGACGGUUCUCCUUACAGAAAAAGGGCAGUCGUGAAAAGGCUCUACAGGCGCGGCGUGGAUGUAAGGGCAAGGCGGGCGGCAGCGCCAGCGUGGUGGAGGCCAGCGAGGCGGGCGACGCCUCGCGCACGCCCGAGGACUCGGUGUGCUCCGCCGAGGGCCCCAGCCACUACACGGACGCGGACACACAGGCGUGAUCCCACCUCCACCCCACACUAGCCACGAGCCCCAUUCAUAUGUAUCACUCUCUGCUUUAUCUCCGUGAUGUAGGACAGAAACCAUAUCUUACUAAUUGCUAUCGGUAUCUGCCAAGCAGAUUCAUGCUGACUAUUAAACGUCUCGUAAGAAUGGGUUGAAUUUUCGUAGAUUUUUAGAGCGAUUGUUACAAAUGUAAAUUAUAUUUUUAAUGCAAGUGUGAGUAAUUUCGUACAAAAAUAUGCCUCCAAUGUCUGCCCCAUUGUGAAUGUUAAGCAAACUCGUACCUCAUUAUUAAGAGAUACCUAUUUACAAACAUAAUAUAUUUACCUAAUAACAACAAGCAAUACAAAUUCUUGAUAAAUGUGAUGAGUGGUUAGAAUCAUAACGGUCCAUUAAACAAUAGUAAUAGAAGAGAUAUUUAGAUCUGGAAUUGUUAUUUGUAAGGUAAGGCAACAUUGUCGUUGUGAAAAUUUAUAUUUUUUAUGGGAAAUUGUUUAAAACCUUUAACAUUUUUAUAGAAUUGAUUCAUAUUCACGGUAUAAAAAACAAAGUAGAUCACAUAAUAUAUUUAAAGUGAAAAUAUUUAUAUCUAUUGAAAAGCAAUUACAAAAUAUAUGUACCUACCUACCUAAACCUGACCGACUUGUAUAGUACAAUACUCGUAUAUGUACGUAUCUGAAUACUAGUCAAGCAACUGCUGAAGUUUUGUAUAGUUUACAUAGUUUUACUAUAAUUUUAUUAUUAUAUAAACUUUAUUGCACGUGGUCAUAUUGUUUGUUUAAUAUAUAUUGUUCCAAAACAUUUUCGGCCUUACUUAUAAAAAUCCACUAAUCAACAGCUAAGCAACUAAUUAACUAAUAACUCAUUAACUCCUUAAUUAUCAAUUAACAAUUUCUUACUUAUAAACACUGCUUACACGUCACUUAACUAAGCAAUGGUUAAUUAACGUUUUUAUAUUAAUAUGGGUGCAAUCUAUUGCACUGGUAAUAUGGGGAAACCCACAAAUUCCGAAUAGUUUCAGUCUCUUCUCUAAAAUUUGAAGGCAUUUUAAUAUAAAUGGAACUUUUCGAAGCCAAUGCAAUAGCAACUCUUUUAGCAGUUCUUGAUAAAGUCUGUUAGCUCAUGCCAUGAAUUCCCGCACAGUCUUCUUGAAUCUCAUGGCGGCCCCAGUAUCUUAUAGCUGCCAUUACUUGCAACUCCACAGGUAUACUGCCGCCCCGGCUAUCCAUGGACAAGUCGUUUCUUAAGAUAUUUAUAAUUUUUACCAUAUAUCCUUUACUGAAUCUGUAGCGAUGCUUGAAGUCGCUUUCACUCAAUUCCUCCAUUGGGUUCGAUCUUGAAUUAUAUAUUUUUACUCUCACUCUUGAACCAAUAUUCCUGAAAUUUCUUAUUUCUUCUAUCUCGUCACGGUAUGUGCGUAAUUCAUUAUCGUCGUCAAAUAUAUCCAUGUUUUAAUAUUUAUUCACUUCACUUUCCUAAGUAGCGGAACCAUGCCCAGCAAACAGCAAUUCAAUGCGAAGUUUGCAUGUGGUGUUAUUGUUGAGAUACCUAUACCACAGCUGUGACUUUUACGAAUUUCGAACGCCAUUUUGGUAAUUAAGGUGUUUAAUCAAGGGUCCGACACUGAUUAAAUUGACAGCUAUUUAAGCAGUCGCUAAGACAUUAAUUAGCGUUAAUCAUCGUUUAUGAGUUAAAAUAUUUUUUAAUAUGUAGUUUAACUGUGUCUUAACUUUAGUGAUCGUUUAUAAGUAAGGCCGUUUAUUUUUAAACGAACAAUGUGUCAGCAUCCGUGUUCGUAUAGCAUUUACGACUAACGUAAGCAGAAAGUGUGAACCUAGGUUUACUAAAUGAUUCGGUUUAUUCUAGGAAUUGGAAAAAAUAUUAGGCACAUAUUUGUUUCCGAAUUUUAUUUAGUUACGUAAUACUAUUUAAUGUUUGGUUAAUGUAAAUUGUCUUAUAACAUUAAACACAACAUGACAUUUCUAAUGACAUAAAGUACAGAUAAGUUCGUGACUUAAUAGAGAUGCAUUCAAACUCUAGUUGGAUUCUUUCUACUUAAGUUAAACGUACGUAAAAUGUUCAUAGUAAGUAUAUACUUAGGAGUUAUUUAAGUGAUUUUAUAUCUUUACUCAUCUAGGAUUUGUGUACUGUGUAUAACUGUGAAUGUACCAGGAUUCAUGUGUCGCUGUUCUAUAGCUUCAUGUACCUAGUGUGAAGUCCUUCGUCCCUACGUUUCAUCUGAUCUCCUAUUGUAAAUGUUCUUUAUUGUAACGAGUACAAUAUAUUCGAGAAAUCUUCUGUAUCUCAGUGUUCUUUAACUUUACUCUUAAAAAAACUAAAACAUUGUUAGUUGAACAGCUUAAUUCUGUCUAACCGUUUUUAGCAUUACAACUAAAAUAACAAUUCAUUUGCACUAUGUAUUUGAUUUCGGUCAUUCGUUUAUUUUGCGAAUCAAACAUUCCAUGAUUUAUUUUGUCACUUAGUGAAAUUAAUACGAUAUUUUGGGGUUUACAUUUUUACUAAUAUUGUAUUAUUAAAAGUACAUAAAUGAGAAGAAUGAUGAGAGACUAUUAAAAAGAAGGAAUUGUUAAUACUUGUGAAAUUUUACUAAUAAUAAAUAGAUUUUACCGUUUGACAUGUUUUAAAAACUAUUAACUGAACAUUGUUAGUGCUCACUAAAAAUGCUUUACCCAUAGUUAAGAAAAAAAUCUUUCUCAUUUAAACAACUAUGAUAUUUAAACGUGCACAAAAUCUUCCGUUUUCAAUCUUGUUUCUUUAUUCAAGAAUAGUGUACCUCGGUACUGUAUUGUUGAACUUGAAAUGAUUUUAUUUGUGUUGAUACUCUACUUGAUCUUACAAAUUGUUACCGGUUUUAGGGAUCAAUAUUUUAGUGAAUACAUAAAUGUAUGUUUAGUUUUGAAUUAGCACGGGUACUAGUUGGUAUGAAUAUAAUAUGAUCGCGAAAUAUAUUUUAGAUCAUUUUACGCGCAGAUGUUUUUGGUUAUUUACAUUUUAUGUGACUGUUAUUUAUGUAUGUAUAUUUAUAACUGAAAUAAUAGAAAGAAUUUGUAAAUAUUAUUGCUAACAAUUUUAUAAUAUCAUGCGCAUAAUAUGUUUCAGUAUUUAUUAAACGUUGAGCUUUGUUCAAUGUUUGUGGUGCGUGAGGCGUUUUGAUGCCAAAAAUAAUAUUAUUAAUAACAACAUAUUAUUUAUUGAAUAAAUGACAAUAUUCAUA